UUUCGUGUUUUCCCCUCUUAAAUACGUAUCUAUCUAUCUGAAUGGUGUUAUAUGUAUCAUUACGAUUAUUUUCUCGGAUGUUGUGUUAGUCCAUCUUUCACUCAAAUAGAGACUUCUCGUUUGUAGCUUUCUUGCGUGUCCCCAAACCUACACAAAAGUGCCCAUUCACCCUUAGCCGUAGAGUAAUAGAAUAAAAGUACCACAUUAGGAAGUAUUAGUACCUCUAGGCUCUACCUAGUAUCUACAGGGGUAAUAAUUUAGUAUUGGCGCUAGCACUUGGCACUUUAUGCAAGAGGAGCGAGUGCUGAGUGCAGACUCUAGUGUACGAAAUACAUUAAGUACCUAAUGGACUCGUUUCUUAUGCUGUUCGACAACGGAUACCAAAAGGUAGAUUACGAGGGUUUAUCGUCGGAAUUAUGGAAUCGAGACGAUGGCAGCGUCGAUGACGAAGAUGUCAGAUUACCUCCGGAACCUUCUUUGGGUAACGUCGAGUAUAAAUUGAAAUUGAUCAAUCCGACAGAUGUGAGAUUCGAGCGUCUUGUGUCGCAGAUGAAAUGGCGCUUACGAGAGGGUCGUGGCGAAGCUAUCUACGAGAUCGGUGUACGCGAUAACGGAAUUUUAGCCGGACUAUCGUGCAGCGAAAUCGAUUCCAGCUUGCAGACUUUGCAGCAAAUGGCCUUACAGUUGGACGCGACGAUGACAAUUCUCAGAGAACGCCACGUCGAACAGGAUAAAAAAGUCAUCGAAGUUCUCAUACGUAAGAUACCGGAUGACCAGCAGAAUAUCGAAGUCAGAGUGGCUGUAUUGGGUGGCGCAGAUGCCGGAAAGUCUACUCUUCUCGGUGUUAUUACUCACGGCGACUUGGACAAUGGCAAGGGUAACGCUCGUCUGAAUAUGUUUCGACAUCUUCACGAAGUUCAGUCUGGAAGAACAUCUUCGAUUUCGCACGAAAUUUUGGGAUUCAAUUCGAAGGGAGAUGUGGUCAACUACAAAGAAGCGGUUUCGGCGGUCGAGAUAUGCGCCAAUUCUUCGAAACUGGUCACGUUUAUGGAUUUGGCAGGACAUCGCAAGUACUUGCGAACGACGGUUGCCGGGCUGAGCGGGUAUUCUCCUCAUCACGCUAUGCUUGUUGUGAGCAGCGUGUUGGGUAUCGUAGGCAUGACCCGCGAACAUUUGGCGCUCACUAUGGCACUGGAAGUUCCUUUUUUCGUGGUGAUAACGAAAAUCGACGUGGCGCCGCCGGGCGCCGUAUUGAAAGAGUUGCAGAGCACCAUCACUGCCGCCGGAUCUCGUAAGGUUAUCUUUGUGGUGGACAACGAAGACGACCUUAUUACGGCCUGUUCUAACCAAAGCAACGAACAGUUGGUUCCUAUAUUUUGCGUUUCCAACGUAACCGGCCAACGUCUAGAAUUGUUGACGCAAUUUCUGUACCUGCUUUCUCCCGGCGUCAACAUGAAAGAACGCGAAUUUUUGGAACAAGAAUUGUGCGAAUUUCAAAUCGACGAAACGUUCAGAGUGCCUGAUUCGGGAACGAUCGUUGGCGGCCUGCUAAUCAAAGGAGUAAUUCGCGAAGGAAUGGAAUUGAUGAUCGGUCCGUUGGACGACGGAAGAUACCAAAACGUGAAAAUAACCUCGAUACACCGAAACAAAGUUCCUUGCAAAUCGGUAAAAGCCUCGCAGAGCGCUUCGCUUCAACUCAACCAGACCAUCGACUAUCUACGAAAAGGAAUGGUGUUGCUGAGUCUUGGAAAAGACUUGAUUGCAACGUGGUUUUUCCAGGCUACAGUGAGCGUGUUGUAUCACGCUACGGCCAUCUAUCCGGGAUUCCAAACCACCAUUCACAUCGGUAAUAUAAGACAAACCGCGGUAAUGGCCGGCAUCAUGACGACUGGCGGAAUUCAUACCAACGACAAAGCUUCGGUGUUGUUUCGAUUUGUUCGAAGGCCGGAAUACGUGUGCGUAGGCAUGCGUUUAUUAUUUCGCGAAGGUAAAGCCAAAGGCAUAGGAAAAGUUACCCAAGUAUUUCCCAUCCAGAACGCGUCUUGUUGAACGUGGCAUGCGGCACAUGGCUUAGCUGCCACAAAAAUCAGCGCUGCGCUGCACUGAACGUACCCGCUGAACGUACCUGCGUCUCCUAUAUCGUUUAAGAAGAAUUACGAUUACGAUUACUUAUUACGAGUACCUACCUACCAGAUUGUACUUGGGUACAUACUCGUACGUGGUUGCUUCGUUUUGUUCGUCGUUGAAAUGUAAAAUAUAAAUAAGACAAUUUCCUGUUACGUAUGUACCUAUUUUCUACCCUUUAUUCGUGCUGUAAAAACGCGCGAUUCAAGUUUUUCGAAUACAUAGUAUUUUUUUUUA